GUGUGACCAGGAGCUACACCGUCCACAUACAAGCAGCAACAUCAAGAACAAACGAUGACAUUAAUACACAGAGCACAAAAGCAGACUCUUAUCUGACCACCUAAGCGCUGCCACUGCAUCGCCGCUCCCCGGCGCUGCUUCUACUCUUUGGCCUUCCACCAGCAUCAACAUGAGCAGUGUUGGUGGUCUGAACGUGGUGCGCUCCUCCAGUAUCUCAGGGGCCAUGUACAACCUGGAGAAGAGCCCUGGCAGCGGAGGGCCUGACACGGCAUCACUAUCCGGAAACAAGAAGAGGAGGUCCAGCUUGGGAGCCAAAAUGGUGGCUAUUGUAGGUCUGUCACAGUGGAGUAAGAGCACACAGCAGCUCAAUCAACAAGAUAAUGGGACAAAGAAGCUGCGCAGCACGAUCCGGCGGAGUACAGAGACAGGUUUUGCGGUGGAGAUGAGGAGCAGAGUGACGCGGCAGGGCAGCAAAGACUCAACUGACGGCAGCACCAACUCCAACAGCUCUGAUGGAACGUUUGUCUUCCCAACCCCACGUCAAGCUCCAGACAGGCAGUUCAGUGACUUUCUGGACGGACUAGGUCCUGCUCAGAUUGUGGGUCGGCAAACCCUAGCUACACCCCCCAUGGGGGAUGUUUAUGUUGGCAUGGUGGACAGAGGAGGUCAACUGGAAGUAGAAGUCACUCAAGCCAGAUGCCUGACCCCAAAACCGGGCUCCAAGAAUUUACCAGCAACCUAUGUGAAAGUGUAUCUUUUGGAAAAUGGCAUGUGUUUGGCCAAGAAGAAAACCAAAGUAGUAAAGAGAAACCUGGAUCCCACAUAUCAGCAGACUCUGCUGUUUGAUGAAAGUCCUCAGGGCAAAGUUGUGCAGGUAAUAGUGUGGGGGGAUUAUGGGCGUAUGGACCACAAGUGCUUCAUGGGAAUGGCUCAGAUCCUCCUGGAGGACUUGGACCUGUCUGCCACUGUCAGUGGCUGGUAUAAGCUGUUCCCUACCUCCUCUCUGGCAGACCCCAACAUCGGCCCCCUGACCAGACGCCUCUCUCAGUCAUCUCUAGAGAGUGCCACCAGCCCCACCUGCCCCUAGACUCUGACACACACUUGUGAUGUGCUGGGCCCUGCAAAGGCAGAUGCACACUCCACAUUCAAGUACUGCCAUUCAGAACUGUACAUUUAGAUGUGCUCAUAGCCUCACACAUACACAC